GGAGGCUGUCGGUUCUGAAGGUGGUGGUGCUGCUCAGCGUGGCUCCUCAGCCCCUUUCAUCUGAACAUCAGGGCUCGUGCCACUUGUUAAUCUGCCUUCCAGUGGCACCAGAAGGAGUCAUUUCCUGGGGGUAGGCUCUGCCAGGAGACUAAGAAACAAGGGACGGACUGCCCGAGACUUGGAUCUGUGAGGAUCAUUCCAGUUCGAGGGCAGGGGCCGGUGGGCGUUGGGACCAGAAACUAGGAAGAAUUGGGGGCCAAAAACCAGAUCGCUCUGGUCCUCCCCCAAGAGAAGCCCUGGGUUUCCUCCGGCGCGCGUUCCUGGAAUUCGCGCCCUGAUGUGGCUCUCCUGAGUUGGUAACUGGAGAGUGAGGAGCACCUCAGCCCCAUUCCCGAGCCUAACCCGCCGCAGGUCUUCGGGGGACACUUCGGAAAGGCCAGGGCUGCUGGUCUGGAGCUUAGAGCUGGGGCGUGCACCAUGGCCCCACACUGGGCUGUCUGGCUGCUGGCAGCAGGGCUGUGGGGCCUGGGCAUUGAGGCUGAGGUGUGGUGGAAUCUCGUGCCCAGGAAGACAGUGCCUUCUGGGGAUCUAGCCACAGUGGUAAGGCGGUUCUCCCAAACGGGCAUCCAGGACUUUCUGACACUGACUCUGACUGAGCAUUCCGGACUCCUGUAUGUGGGGGCCCGAGAGGCCCUGUUUGCCUUCAGCGUGGAGGCUCUGGAGCUGCAAGGCGUGAUCUCUUGGGAGGCACCAGCUGAGAAGAAGAUCGAGUGUACCCAGAAAGGCAAGAGCAACCAGACGGAGUGCUUCAACUUCAUCCGCUUCCUGCAGCCCUACAACGCCUCCCACCUGUAUGUCUGUGGUACCUACGCCUUUCAGCCCAAGUGCGCCUACAUUGACAUGCUCACCUUCACUUUGGAGCGUGGAGAGUUUGAUGAUGGGAAGGGGAAGUGUCCCUAUGACCCAGCUAAGGGCCACACUGGCCUCCUUGUGGAUGGCGAGCUGUACUCAGCCACCCUCAACAACUUCCUGGGCACCGAGCCUGUCAUCCUAAGGAACAUGGGGCCCCACCAUCCCAUGAAGACAGAAUACCUGGCCUUUUGGCUCAACGAGCCCCACUUUGUCGCCUCUGCCUACAUCCCUGAGAGCGUGGGGAGCUUCACCGGGGAUGACGACAAGGUGUACUUCUUCUUCAGCGAGCGGGCUGUGGAGUAUGACUGCUAUGCGGAGCAGGUGGUGGCCCGAGUUGCCCGAGUCUGCAAGGGCGACAUGGGGGGCGCGCGCACACUGCAGAAGAAGUGGACCACGUUCCUGAAGGCGCGGCUGGGGUGCUCGGCGCCCGACUGGCAGCUCUAUUUCAACCAGCUGUGGGCUGUGCACACCCUGCAGGGCGCCUCCUGGCACAAUACCACCUUCUUCGGUGUUUUUCGAGCACGUUGGGGUGAUAUGGACGUGUCUGCAGUCUGUGAGUACCAGUUGGAAGAGAUCCAGCGGGUGUUCGAGGGUCCCUACAAGGAGUACCGUGAGCAAGCACAGAAGUGGGGUCGCUACACUGACCCAAUACCCAGCCCCCGGCCUGGCUCGUGCAUCAACAACUGGCACCGUCGCCAUGGCUACACUAGUUCUCUGGAGCUGCCUGACAACACCCUCAACUUCAUCAAGAAGCACCCACUGAUGGAGGACCAGGUGGCACCUCGGUGGGGCCGGCCCCUGCUCGUGAAGAAGAACACCAACUUCACCCACUUGGUGGCCGACCGCAUUACAGGACUUGACGGAGCCACCUAUACAGUGCUGUUCAUUGGCACAGGAGAUGGCUGGCUGCUCAAGGCUGUGAACCUGGGGACCUGGGUCCACCUAAUUGAGGAGCUGCAAGUGUUUGACCAGGAGCCAGUGGAAAGUCUGGUGCUGUCACCAAGCAAGAAGCUGCUCUUUGCGGGCUCCCGCUCCCAGCUGGUCCAGCUGCCCCUGGCAGACUGUGUGAAGUACCGCUUCUGUGCAGACUGUGUCCUCGCCCGGGACCCCUAUUGUGCCUGGAGCGUCAACACCAGCCGCUGUGUGUCUGUAGCCAGCCACUCUGGAUCUCUGCUGGUUCAGCACAUGACCAUCUCGGACACCUCGGCCUUUUGUGACCUUCGUGGCAGUAAGAAAGCCAGGCUCACGCCCAAGAACAUCACAGUGGUAGCAGGCACGGACCUGGUGCUGCCCUGUCGCCUGUCCUCCAACCUGGCCCACGCCCGCUGGACCUUUGCAGGCCGGGACCUACCUGCAGAACAGCCCGGCUCCUUCCUCUACGAUGCCCGACUCCAGGCCUUGGUGGUGAUGGCCGCCCAGCCCCGCCAUGCUGGGACCUACCACUGCUUUUCAGAGGAGCAGGGGGCACGGCUGGCUGCUGAAGGCUACCUUGUGGCUGUGGUGGCGGGCCCCACAGUGACCCUGGAGGCCCGGGCUCCCUUGGAAAACCUGGGGCUAGUGUGGCUGGCUGUGGUGGCCCUGGGGGCCGUGUGCCUGGUGCUGCUGCUUCUGGUUUUGUCCCUGCGCCGGCGGCUGCGGGAAGAGCUGGAAAAAGGCGCCAAGGCAGCUGAGAGGACCCUGGUAUACCCCCUGGAGCUGCCCAAAGAACCCACCAGUCCCCCUUUUCGGCCCGGCCCUGAAACAGAUGAGAAACUUUGGGAUCCCGUUGGCUACUACUACUCAGAUGGCUCCCUCAAGAUUGUGCCUGGACACGCCCGGUGCCAGCCCGGAGGGGGGCCCCCAUCUCCGCCUCCUGGCAUCCCAGGCCAGCCCCUGCCUUCUCCAACCAGGCUUCACCUGGGGGGCGGGCGGAACUCAAAUGCCAACGGUUAUGUGCGCUUGCAGCUAGGAGGGGAGGACCGGGGAGGGCAUCCCCUGCCUGAGCUGGCUGACGAACUGCGGCGCAAACUGCAGCAGCGCCAGCCGCUGCCCGACUCCAACCCCGAGGAGUCCUCGGUAUGAGGGGAGCUGCCCACCGCAUCAGCGGGGGCGGGGGAGGCGCAACGCCUACAUUUGCACAGGCACCAGCUACCUCAGGGACAUGGCACGGGCACCUGCUCUGCCUGGGACAGGCGCUGCCCAGCACUCGCCCGGCCAUGAGGACCUGCUCAGCAUGGGCACUGCCACUUGCGUGGCUCACCAGGGCACCAGCCGCACAGGAGGCUCCUCCUCUUCUGUGAAUCUUGGACACGUGGGACCCCAGCAGCCAAAAUGUUUCAAGGCAGAAGUUUCAAGAUGUGCGUGUGUUUGUGUGCAUUUGUGUGGUGUGCGUGCGUGUGUGUGUGCGUGUGUGUGUGUAUGUAUGUAGCGUAGCCUUCCUGUUUCUGUCAGUCUUCCCUUGGCCUGGGGUCCUCCUGGUGAGUCUUUGGAGCUAUGAAGGGGAAGGGGUCGAAUCACUUUGCCUCUCCUACCCCCACCUGCCCCGAGUGUGGGCGGUGAUGUACAUAUUGGGGUGGGGUGGGCAGGGUGCUGUACCCCUUUGGGGGGAGUGCAGGGCU